GAGCGCGAGAGCGAGCUGACAACGGACGGACGGGGGGAAGUAACAGACGCAGUAUUUGUCUGCUCUCUUGUCUGAAAGUCUUCUAUUUAAACAUUUACGCUGGUCGUGUCUUGCUCUUCUUCUUCUUUUAUUUCAACUUCGUAUGUAUAGGAACUGGCGGGAUUACGCUUCACAUUUCCUCGACCUCAAAUGACGGCCGGUCGUCCCGUCUAGCCAAUGGUGACUGCGGGAGUUCCUGGCGUGCGGAUUACUGGUCGUCGCCGAGCGAGUUGCUGGAUCGAGCCGGGAGGAGGCCCUGCUCCAUCGGAUGCGCCUCAAGCAGCAUCGGGCCCCCACAAGUGAUGAAGAGGAGGAUGCUCCGGUUCGGUGGGCAGAGCUCGCAGCGGCUGAACUGAACUCGGAUGUUGGGGACACACAACCCCGACGGCAACCGUUUCCUCACACAGCAAAAACAUAUUCCUUAAAAAGCUGGACGCCCCCGGAACAGUUUAUGACGACCCUGGUAAGAGCGUGAUGAGCGCGCGCUUCCGCUUGCCUGCUGGCAGAUCCUACAAUGUCCGGGCGACGGAGCUGGAGCGAGACAGGCAGCACACACAGGUGGUGUGCAACAUACUGCUGCUGGACAACACCGUCCAGGCCUUCAAAGUCAGCAAGUCGGACCAUGGCCAGGUGUUGCUGGAUGCUGUCUUUAAACACCUGGAGCUGACUGAGAGAGACUACUUUGGCCUUCACCUGGCUGACGACUCUUCAGAUACGCCGCGCUGGCUGGAUCCCAACAAACCCAUCAGGAAACAGUUAAAAAGAGGGUCACCCCACAACCUGAGCUUCAGAGUCAAGUUCUUUGUGACGGAUCCCGGCAAACUUCAGGAAGAGUACACACGGUACCAAUAUUUUCUCCAGAUAAAGCAGGACAUAUUAACUGGAAGAUUGCCCUGUCCCCACAACACAGCCGCGCUCUUGGCAUCCUAUGCUGUUCAGUGUAAGUACUGCUCCCUGGAUACCUACACUCCAGAUAAUGAUGGGAAGGACCAGAGUAACACAGAGAUUUUAAUUGGGGUGAUGUCUGCUGGCAUUGUGAUUUACAAGAAUAGAGUACGGAUCAACUACUUCCCAUGGUUGAAGAUAGUGAAAAUCUCCUUCAAGUGCAAACAGUUCUUCAUCCAGCUCAGAAGAGAGGUGAAUGAAUCCAGGGAGACGUUAUUGGGUUUCAAUAUGGUGAACUACCGUGCUUGUAAGAACCUGUGGAAAGCAUGCGUGGAACACCACACCUUCUUCAGACUGGACCGGCCCGUCCCACCACAGAAGAACUUCUUCUCCCACUACUUCACCUUAGGGUCAAAGUUCAGAUACUGUGGGCGGACAGAGGUGCAGUCGGUUCAAUAUGGAAAGGAGAAAGGAAUCAAAGACAGAGUCUUUGCCAGGUCUCCCAGCAAGCCAUUGGUCAGGAAGCUGGUGGGGGGGACUGACUGGGAAGCAGUCAGCAGGAACAGCCUAUCAGAUGAAAGACUUGAGACCCAGAGCCUGCCCACUCGCUCCCCACCCGGGACACCCAAUCAGAAUUCACUGUUUGUACAGGAGGGAACGCGUCUGCGCCCAUCGUCUGUUGGCCACCUGGUCGAUCACGUGAUCCAUGCCUCGCCUAGCCUGCCUGUUUUUUCCUCAAAUCACAAGUCGGCUUCGUCCACACAGGCCAAUAGCAUCAGCCUGGACUCCACCCCUUCUCCAGAGGGUUUGGAUGGUCAGCCCCCGGCCCUUCCCCCAAAGCAGCUGAGUAGGAAAACUCUGAGUCAGAUCAUCCAGGCCCACUCCCAGCAGAGUCUCCUGGACAACCACCUCAACGAGAUGUAUGACGUCCCCAUCAACACCGACAAGACCACGCUAAACGGUGUAGUUCCCCAUGACAAUCUGGUGCUGAUCAAGAUGAGGCCUGAUGAACAUGGACGUUUUGGCUUCAAUGUCAAGGGGGGAGCUGACCAGAAGAUGCCCAUCAUCGUGUCUCGAGUGGCCCCGGGAACAUCAGCCGACCUCUGUGUGCCCCGUCUCAAUGAGGGGGAUCAGGUGGUCUUGAUUAACGGGCGGGACAUCUCUGACCACACCCACGACCAGGUGGUCAUGUUUAUCAAGGCCAGCUGUGAGAGCCACUCAGGGGAGCUCAUUCUAUUAGUCAGGCCCAAUGCCAUCUAUGACGUGGUGGAGGAGAAGGCAGACUCGGAGCCGGAUUUCCAGUACAUCCCAGAGAAGUCUCCCCAGGACCCAACCCAGCUAGACCAGCAUGCUUGGAGAGACUCUAUGGUGGCACUUAAGGAGGGUUUGGCCAGUGGAGCCAUCCUAGCGCAAUUUGAUCAACUGUACAGGAAGAGGCCGGGGAUGACUAUGCUGUGUGCCAAAUUACCUCAGAACGUUUCCAAAAACCGCUACAGAGACAUUUCUCCCUAUGAUGCCACACGGGUCAUUCUGAAAAGCACAGAAGACUACAUCAAUGCAAAUUAUAUCAACAUGGAGAUCCCAGCUUCCAGUCUGAUUAACCGUUACAUAGCCUGCCAGGGUCCACUGCCCAACACUUGCGCUGACUUCUGGCAGAUGACCUGGGAGCAGGGCUCCUCCAUGGUAGUUAUGUUAACAACACAGGUGGAGAGGGGACGGGUGAAAUGCCAUCAGUAUUGGCCUAACCCAGACAGCAGCGCCACCUACGGGGAAUUCACAGUAGCAUGCCAUACUGAGGAGGGAAACGCUGCCUUCCUGGUCCGGGAAAUGACCCUCACACAUAUACAGAGCAAACAGGAAAGAGAGCUGACUCAGAUCCAGUACCUUGCCUGGCCCGACCAUGGUGUUCCAGAUGACUCCACCGACUUCCUGGACUUCGUGGCUCUGGUCCGAAGCAAGCGGGCCGGUCGGGAUCAGCCCAUGGUGGUCCACUGCAGUGCUGGGAUUGGUCGGACAGGGGUGCUGAUCACCAUGGAGACAGCUUUGUGUCUGAUGGAGUGUGGUCAGCCUGUUUAUCCUCUCGACAUCGUCAGGACAAUGAGAGACCAGAGGGCCAUGAUGAUACAGACACCCAGCCAGUACCGCUUUGUGUGCGAGGCCAUUCUGAAAGUCUAUGAGGAGGGCCUGGUCAAGCCGCUCAAGACAGUCUUGUACCAGCAGAGAGAGAGGGAGGAGGAGAGAGAGGAGAACAGAGAACAGAAGAAAGGAGAGGAGGCGGUGGUGAAGGAGGAAGACGAGGGGAAGGAGGAAGAGGUAGGCGGGGGGGAUUUGCUGGAAGAAGGUCUUGAGGAGGAAGAUGACGACGACGAAGAGGUGGAAGUGCUCGAUGUGGGAGAGGUUUCUGAGGAUGAUGAGGAUGAAGAGGACGAGGAGGUAGAGGAGCCAAGUGUGGCCAGUGAGACCAGUUUGAACCCUGAACCUGUAUCUGCACCUGUAUCUGAACCUAAACCUGAUCCUGAACUUGGCCUUGACAACCCCUGACCUCUGACCUUUCGGAGGUCAUCGGGAGGGUCACCAGGAAAUGGCUAGGUGGCCGGAGGAGAGAACAAAAGCACUUUUGCACUUUACAAUGACAAAAAUGAUUUGGAGAAAAAAUACACACACAGAAAAACAAGCGAACAGACAAAUAUGAAAAUCGUUGACAAAGAAAAAAAAAAGAGAUCCAGCUGCGUUGAAUAGGUAUGAUUAGGGGACAUUGUGUGUUCAGGGUAAACUAAAUAAAUAAAAAAGAACAUAGAAAGAAAGAAAAGGUGAAAGCACGAGACAAUAAAACAUUGUGGAAUUGCUGUAGUGCCAUAAGUAUGAAGGGGAAGGGCUGCCAACAUAGAUGAUAAAGAUUUUCCUUUUUUUUUUUUAAUUUCUUUUUUCUUUUUCUUUGAAGGCUUGCCCUCUCCCCUUCCAGUCUGCGAUUCUGCCAGACGGACAUGCCUUUUUUUCAACUCAAUGUCCUUCUUGCUGAUAAAGAGAUAUACCCUUUGUUUUUUUCUUCAGAAAGAGUAUUUAUUGUGUUUAGUUUUUGUCAAACCCUGUCCACUGAACAAAAAUACUUGUAUGUUUGUAUCAGUCUAGCUUCAUUCUUCCCUGAUGAGAUCUUAGCUAGUAAAAUAGUGUGAUUCCUCUUCUUGCUCUUUCUUCUUCAUUUCUUUUUAACCUUUUAAUGGGGGAAAAGUGGUUUUACUGUUAAUUUAUUGUUCUUAAUUUGAUCUUUCCCUGCUUUCUCGUCUAAGUUUCUGACAGCGCAGACAGAUGGAUGGACAGACGAAAGCACUUUGUGUGUCAACCUGUUUACUGCUGUGGCAGGUUUGUUGUGAUAUCCUGCUUUGUGCUUCUCUUGAGAGCCAACAAACACACAAUAGAGUUGCCACUGAACGGCACGGUGAUAAAUACAACAGGUUUACAAUGCUCCGGGCCGGUUUCUGGCUGAACUUUUCAUAUAUAUAAUAUAUAUAUAUAUAUAU